AUGGGUCAAAUUCCCCGUAGCAUCGGCAACAUCAAGUACCUACAGGAAGUCCUUUUCUUGAAUAACAAGUUAACCGGAUGCUUACCCUAUCAAACACGCAAGCUAAACCGAGCCACUGUUUUUGAUGUAGGGAAUAAUCAGCUAACCGGUCCAGUUCCAUACUCUUUUGGUUGCUUAGACAUGAUGGAACAACUCAUCUUAGCCAGAAACGAAUUCUAUGGAACCAUACCUGAGAUCGUUUGCGAGAUUUCUUGUCCCAAGAACCUUUCUCUAUCUUAUAAUUACUUCACCCAGGUCGGUCCAAAAUGUAGAAAGCUAAUCAAGAGAAACAUUCUCGACGUUCGUAUGAAUUGUAUUCUUGAUCUUCCAAACCAGAAAACGCCAACGGAGUGUGCUAACUUCUUCAUGCGGAGACAGACUUGUCCUAAUUCAAAGUCUAUGUUUCGGAUCCCUUGCGGUAAGAAUCCAAGCCGGGUUAUGGAUCAAGAACAUUUGGAAGUGAAAGAAACUCAAGCUUCUUCUCCGGUAUCUUACGGGGCACUUAACCAGGCCGGUAUUUGGAACCGAUAA